UGCUCUUCCCCCACCAACGUUUUCACGAAAGCAUGGUAUGGGAUGGCGCGCCUUCAUAAUAAAAACAAGUUGAGAACCAGCAUAGGAGUGUGAAUUGUGAAUUACCGGAAACGUGACACCGACCCAUGAUAACAAAUUCUCAGAUUAAAUUUUUUACAAUAAACAAUUUUGUUUUAAUUUUAAAAAUACUUUUAUUAAAGUGCCUGGAUUUUAAUUAUUGAUAAUUUUAUUAUUUCGUACAGCACAAAUAACGUUUCAACAAGGUGUCACGUAAAUCAAUUUGCUUGUUGAUAAUGCAAAAUUUCUAUUCGACAGAAAACUACCUUCUAUCAGUCUAAGAAAAGAAAAGAAAAGAAUAAUAAUACUUCGGUCAUCAUGUUCAAAACACUAUUUACUCAUCGUAUACUUAAAAGCGGAGAUGGAUAUUUUUGUAAAUUGUGUAAAAUGUAUAUUAAACAGAAUGAUGUUUUAAGCCACUGUGAUUCUAAAAAUGAGUAUCACUGGAAAUUGAAAGAACUACAGGUCGACAUACCUGAGAGAGAAUUGAAAACUGUAACCGAAGAAAAAUUUGAAACAAUCGUCGAGAAUAAAAUUUUUCAAAUUAACAAUGAGAAAUAUUUCUGCAAAGUCUGCAACUGUGUCAUUGCGCGAAGUCUGUAUAAUGUUUUCCAACACAUUCGAGGACUGCGACACAAACUUAAUCAAAAAGAGAAAGAGAACUUGAGACUAGAUAAAGCAGAUGCUCAAAAAUCAGUAUUACCGCCCAAAAAAAAUGCUUCCUCAUUGAAUAAUAAUCUAGUAAGUCAGUCACCUUCUCAAUUCAUCUGCUUUGUGUGUAACAAGAAUUUCACACGAAAAGAGGCCAUGGCUGAACACAUACUUAAAUCAAAAGGCGAAUGUAAAAUCUCUUCUCUACUUCUAUUAAAGCAAUUAAAUGAUGACAGCUUAAAGUACCAUUGCACUUUGUGUGACGUGGACAUACCGUACGGUCCUCAGAACCUUGUGGAGCAUACGCAAGGGAAAAGACACAGAGUCAGUGUUCAAGAUUUCGAAAAUAAUGCUAAUAAUUUACAGACGAUGCCAAAAACAAUUCCAAAAACGAUUCCAAAAAACGACAGUGUAGAUCAAGUGCAAAAAAGUUUAGACAAAUUGCACCUGGCACCGAAAGCAAUAGAGGAAAAAUUCAAGUGCUCUUACAGAUGUUACGUAUGUAACGUUACGGUUUGCGGUGAUGUGGAACUACUCGCGCAUCUCCAGGAUAUCAAGCACAAACAUAUUCUUUCAACCCUGCCAAGAGACUAUUCUCCAUUCAUCUAUUGUCCCGCUUGUAAAAAGGAUAUUUUCGAAGAUAACAAAAUGAUCAACCACUUGGGUUCCGUUGAGCACAAGCAGCACUUACGUUCCAUUUCCAACAAAUCUUCAAGUCCAAGUAAUCUCGAAAAUGUGCCUGCAACCAAAACUAUUGUCGAAGAGUUAUGCAACCAAAUGAUUCGGAAGCAAAGGAAGCCAAAAGAAGAGAACAAGAAGGAGAACAGAAACUCUCACUUCUUUAAUAAUGAAUACAGAAGAAAGUUUCUUGAACUCGGUCCAUUUAAUAUUUACAAAACCCCACAGGAGAAAAUAAACUAUUUACAAUUGGGAACCACGUUAUUGUUCACAGUUGAAGAGGAGAUUCUCUGUCUCGUUUGUUUUCUAAAAAUACCAAAUUGUUUGCAAAAUAUUUUCGAACAUGUAUUUAAUGUAAAUCAUAUUAAUAAACUUGAGAAAUUAAUAGACAGUGAUCUAAAGUUUAAAAACUGUCCAAAUCAGUUCAGUGAUCUUGCUCUAGCCAAGGAGUUUAUGAAAGAAUUCUCCAAUGAUUGUGCUUUCUGCUUUGCUUGUAAUAAAGAUGUCGUGAAUGAUGAGAAGAAAAUCAGGAAACACAUUUCGGAAGCAAAUCAUUCGGUAAAGUCUAAAAGUCAGAGGCAGUUCAAUUUUGAUCUUUGUAGUAAGUUUCUGGAACAACUGAAUAAUUGCUGGUACGUUGUUCAACGCUUCUCGUGUCACUUGUGUGGCAUGAAGUCCGAGUUUGAAAUUGAUUUCUCAGAGCACUUACUAAGCAACAAGCAUUUAACGAAACGCAACAAAGUGCUUGAAAAGGGGGAUAAAGUUGCUUUUGAUGUUUGCUUUCCAUGUGCAAGUAUAUGCUUCGGAACUUGUGAUACUUACACGAUGCAUUGCGAUCAUAAGAUGCACAAGUACUUCGUCAAGAGCAAAGACUACGAGGUAGUGAAGAUGAAUAGAUUUGCUGUAAAUUUGCUGCAUGACUUUCAAGAAGUAUCAGAGUCUUUGCUGCGUCAGUCCGAUGCGGAAACUGAGUCGGAGGAAAAAAUUCUUUUACUCUCCAAGUCCGUGGAGCAAACUGUCUCUUCCAAAUACCCAGGAGCUAAAGCUUAUGUUUUCGGAUCUAGAACUGCUCACUUAGCCUUCAGUAAUAGUGAUGUAGACAUCUUUCUCGAUUGUGGUAAUGCAUAUAAAGGAAAAUUGUUGUUAUCCGCAAGUCGUGAAUAUUUGUUAAAUUCUGAAGUAUGCUUCAAAAAUUCUCCAUACAUGUGGGACGUGAAGGAAAUUCUAUUAAAGGUCAGAGCACCGAUAAUAAAACUUUUCCACCGAGACUUGGAGCUGAAUUGCGAUUUAUCUUUCACUAAUGGCAUCACAGUGGAGAAGACAAGAAUAAUAAAGCUUUUUGUAACAUCACUUCCACUUUGUAGAAAAGCGAUACUAUUUUUAAAAAAGUGGUUAAGCGCCUGCUACUUGACACACGAGCAAGGUUUAACAACAUUUGGAAUUACAUGGCUGGUUGUUUUUUAUUUACAACAAAUUAACGUAUUUCCAAGCAUCGCAGAACUAAUGAAAGGGAAGAGCCAGUCAUUCAUUAUCGGAGACUGGGAGACCGGCAUUGCCUCACAAAUCCCUGUUAGGCCUUCUUCUCUAACUUUUGAAUCACUACUGAAAGGAUUUUUGAAAUUUUAUGCGCAAUACGAUUAUAGGACCUGUAUUAUAUCUCCCUUGAUGGGGAAGUCGCUCAAGAAGAUAGAUUUUAUUGAUGAUCGUGUUCAGCACUUGCCGAAGGAAAUGGAAUGCUACACACGCUAUAUAAAAUCAACUUUGAAUGCAGAGACGUUUCGCAUUGAUUCGCCGCUUUGUCUUCAAGAUCCAAUCGAUCUCGCGCAAAAUAUUACCAGAUCAGUAUCCAAGUUAGUUUUGAGAAGUUUUAUACAAUACUGCCAAGAAGGAGGAGAAAUAUUGAAUUCUUUAGAUUCAGAAGUGCCUUAAUGGAGUAUAAUUUUAUUACAAUUUUUAACUAAUAAUUAAAGAUAAAGUUUUUAUGAAAAAUACAUUAUAUACAAAGUUAUGAAUAUUUAAAAAUAAUUUUAUAAAAUAACAUAAAUCCUGUAAUGAAAAUAAAUUUACAAA